GGAAAAAGGAGAAGCCAAAGAAGUUCACUAAACAACCAAAAAAGCAGAUGUCUUCACCCUGUGUUCAGAAGAAGGAAAAAGUAUUGGAGAAGUCAGCCUCUAGAGAUGUGUCUCCUUUCGUCGUGAGUAUGCAGAAGAAUAAAUGGGAUGCCACAAGAUCCUUGAGAUUCAACCAGGAUGCACAAAGAGAAGAUGAUCAGCGGCGAAUGUCUGAAAUCACAGGACAUCUAAUAAAAAUGAGAUUGGGAGAUCUGGACCGAGUCAAAUCAAAGGAAGCAAAAGAAUUUGCAGGAGGUAUUUAUUCCAGGCUUGAAGCACAAAUCAAGGCCUCAGUGCCAGCUAGUGCACGGCAAAGCAGCUCAGAGAAGAACACAAGGUCUAAAAGUCGUUUUGGUCAAGGACGUCCUGCAUAAAGCACCUUAAAAUAUAACUAAAAAGACAGAAGGCACACUCCUGGACAUCCGAAAUUGAUCAUUUUUGAAGAUCUUCAGAUUGAUGAUUUCUAAAUGUUUUAAGUUACUAAUUAUUCUUGUAAGCCACAUAAAUCAUAAUGCUAAAAGAACUAUAUAGUUAGGUUUUAUGAAAAUUGAAUUGUAAAUAUGAAACUUCUUAAAUCUGAUUUUCUUUAGUAUGAUUCUAGACUAUGUAGAAAACAAUUAUUUAUAAAUUUGCACAGUUAAGAUUCCCAAUAUUUGAUUUUCUUUACUUGUUUGAAAAAGAAGAGCCUAAACUAUUAAGUAGCUAAGUUUUUUUUAAGACCUUAAAAGUUAGAGGAACACACUGGUAGUGUCACCAUGCAUGUGCACUGAUUGUAGUGUGUUUUUAGGGCUGGAAAUCUGGGAUAGUAUUGAGAACUGCAGUUCAUAUGAUGGAAUUCCCAAUGAUGCUAAUUUAAGUCUGCAUGAAUAUUAAGGAGUAACAGCUCUCAAGAUUGCAUUAAAUAAAGUUUCAAGAUGAGGUAUUUCAGUACUGUGCUGAGCAGAAGGGUUAAUUUUCUUCAGCAUUAUUCCAUGGAAAGUACAAUGUUAAUCCAACAUUUUUUUUUCCUUUCAGUUUUCAAUGUUUAUCUGUUGGUCGUCUGAGCUGGAAUUACUGAUUAUUACCUCUUUCCUUUGUGAAACUAGUGCCAUUCUAAAUCUGGUAUAGGUUUAGGAUAUUAAGUCAUUUCAUUUUUAUGAGACACCCACCAUACUGUAGUUUUCAGGGCUGUAAGACCCAACCAUAUUUCUGUAGCUCUUCAGAUAGCCCCUUAAAACUGUUUUAAUUGCUGUUUACUUUAGAAAUGUCUAAAAAAUUUCCAAAUACAUUAGAUGGGUGAAAAAUUACAUAUAUUCAAGAAAAAUCAAAAUAAAAUUAUAUUUUAUAGAUCAUGUUUCAAUUUUUCUAACCAGGCAGAAAGAGUGCUCAGGGAAAAUUUGUUCCAAACCAUAAGCAUAUAAUAAAUUAUGUGUUUGGAAGUUACAUGUAGGUCUAUAAAAAACUUUAAGAUGCACUGUUUCUAUGUUUUAGUCUUCAUUUGCCUUACAAUUGAAAUUUCUUUGAAUUAUUCAGAGAACAAACUUUGAUAAUGCAGGACAGAAUAGCAAUUUCUAUUGAAAUGCUGAAGUAUUACACUCAGUUUAUACAUACAGAAGUUAUUCUUUUUAGUGAGUGUUUUAGCUGGUAAAUGAAGCUAGAUAUUAUGAUGCUAUUUAUAUGGCUUUGUCAAAGUUUUUGAACUUCUGUUUGGAAAUUUUGUUCCAGUUUAUAUUUGUUUCAAUUAUUUGAUAUGGUGGAAAUAUUAUACUGUUGUUAUUUUCUAAAGAAAAUGUCUUGUAGUAAAUUAUAUGUAAGCUCUGUUAAAUACCAUAAUUUUGUUGUAGAUUAGUAUAUUCUUUGAUAAAAUGGCUUGGGUUUAUACAUGUAAACAGUGCUGUAAUUGUCACCACUGGAAGAGGAAAAUGUGCUCUUUGGAUUUUUUAACUGAUGAUAAAAAGGCAAAUUGCUUCUCCCCUGGGGGGACUGUACCACUGAAUUGAUUGUUACAAACCAGAAUUUAUCAGAAUUUGAAUUUCUUCAGAAUAUGCUUUUUAUUUUAUUAAUGUCUUGUCUGUAACUCAUAGCACUGGUACCACAACAUUUUACUCACACUCUUAAUAGUGUUUCUUUUGCCAGAUACUUGAAGGUUUUACUUUACGUUAAUUCUGAAUUCACAUUUCUUUGAUUAAAAUAAACAUCAAUUACAAAAGUUGUU